ACAACAGCAUCGUCUCUUCCCAGUCCUAAUACAACACAAUCACAUACAACCACCCAAACACAUCCAAAAAAAAUCCCAAUUCUACCCUCACCAAUCUCUUCAAAUAACUCAAAUGGCGACCAAGGCAAGGAGAACUCUCUUCUCCCACCACCACUCCUCAAAAUCUCCUUCCUCUUCCAUCCCCUCUUCUCCUUCCCAUACUCGGCCCUCCUCCCCUUUUCAAUCCCAUACUCGUCCCUCCUCUCCUCUCCAUCUUUCCCUCUCCGAAUCGAUGAUGGACGGAACCAUCGCCACCGCUGAAUCCAUCAUCACCAAGUGGGACCCAGAGUCAUCUUCCUACUCUAGGAUCACCUCUCUAUUCUAUGAAAACCGGCAUGAAGCCAGAGAAUUCCUACAAUCAGUGAAAGACCUCCAGCGAUCCAUGCAUUUCUAUGUGAACAAUAACUCCAGCUCUCAGAAGCUCGUCCACGCUCAAACUCUCAUGCAGACUGCCAUGAAACGGCUUGAGAAGGAAUUCUAUCAGAUCCUGGCAACUAACCGCGAUCAACUGGACCCAGAGUCUGUGUCUGGCUGCAGCUCCACGGGGACGAUAUCAAGCCUCUCAGAUUAUGAAGAUGAGGUGGGGUCCGAGGAUGAGAUCCAGAUCGCCGGGAACUCAAUCCAGAAGGUCGAACAGGAGGCAUCAAUCGCCAUGGCAGAUCUCCGGGACAUUGCUGAGUGUAUGAUCUCAUCUGGGUAUGGCAAGGAAUGCGUGAAGAUAUACAAAAUCAUGAGAAAAUCGAUCGUGGAAGAAGGAAUCUAUCGACUUGGAUUCCAACAUAUGAGCUCCAAUCAUAUACAGAAGAUGGAGUGGGAGGUCUUGGAACACAAGAUCAAGAACUGGGUGAACGUGAUGAAGAUUGCAGUCAAAACGCUCUUCUACAGCGAAAGGAUCCUAUGUGAUUACGUCUUCACAACCUCAAACACGAUCAAAGAAUCCUGCUUCUCCCAGAUCGCCAAGGAUGCUGCGACCCACCUCUUUUCAUUCCCAGAAACUGUCGCAAAAUGCAAGAAAUCACCUGAGAAGAUGUUCCGAUUCUUGGACCUCUACGACACAAUCUCCGAACUCUGGCCCUAUAUAGAGUCCACCUUCUCCUAUGAAUCAACAUCCACCAUCAAAACACAGGCCAUCAACUCUCUCAUCAAACUCGGCGAUGGAAUCCGAACCAUGCUAGCUGAAUUCGAAUCAGCAAUGCAGAAGGACCCAUCGCGAUCACCCAUCCCAGGCGGUGGGCUCCACCCACUGACCCGUUACGUAAUGAACUAUCUAUGUUUCCUUGGCGACUAUAAAGAAGCCCUUACAGAGAUCUUUGCUGACUAUCCAUUGCAAGUGCAGCAUCCAAUGCCUGAGACAAUGCUCCAAAAUUCACUCACAGCAGAGAAUCCACUGUCAGCGAUAUCGACCAGACUCGAAUGGCUGAUCUUGGUCCUUCUUUGCAAGCUGGACGGAAAAGCCGAGCUCUACAAAGAUGUUGGAUUGUUAUAUCUCUUCCUCGCUAACAAUCUACAAUACGUUGUAUCAAAAGUACGUGGCUGCGAUCUACGGUACAUACUCGGCGCUGACUGGAUUUCCAAGCAUGAAUCGAAAGUCCAGCAGUAUGUGGCGAAUUACGAGCGGAUGGCAUGGAUCAAGGUGGCUUCGACAUUGCCGCAGAAUCUGACGGCCGAGAUUGCACCCCAGAUGGUAAAAGAGCAUUUUAGGAAUUUCAAUUCGGCUUUCGAAGCCGCAUAUCGAAACCAAUCCGGGUGGGUCGUGUCGGAUGGAAAAUUAAGGGAGGAGAUUAAAGUUUCGGUGGCCAAGAAGAUGGUGCCAAGCUAUCGGACAUUUUAUGAAAAGUAUCAGGUUCUGUUGAGAGGUGAGAGAGGCAAUUUUGUGAGAUUUACACCAGAAGAUUUGGAGAAUUAUUUAUCGGAUUUGUUUUAUGGGAACGGAAUUUCGGGUUCCGGGUCCGGAUCUGUUUCAUCUUUACACUCGCAGGGGUCGCUGUGAGGGGUAUUUUAUGCUGUUUUCUGUACGUAUUUGUACGUCAUCUUAUUGUAUGAUAAUACGGAAAAUUGGCCAGUUUUUGUGGCGUGAGUUACCUCUUAAAAUUAUCCCUACGAGUAUGUGAUCACCAACUAUUUUCUUUCUUCAA